AUGAGAUCAAAGAAUGAACCAUAUUCGUUACAAACAGCCAUUUUUCUUGUUUUUGACGAAUGGCUAAAUACACGUAUGCAAUAUGCUUCAUGGAAUUGUGGUAUUGACACUAAUUUAAAAACUUAUCAUUGUCAAUUUUCGUCUAAAAUUGACAAUGAUUAUUAUCAUUUCGUUCGAGACGAAAUUAAUUAUCGUAAAGAAAUGGAAAUAUAUGCCAUUUCUAAUUGUUUCGCUAUAACAAAAUUAAUGAAUUUAAUGUUAAAGCAAUAUCCAUUAAGUGAGAACAAAAAUUUUUCAUCAUCUAAAAUUAUUCACUAUAAACGUAACAAAAGACCUCAAUCAUUAGUAUUACAUAAUAAAUUUUACAUUACUUACACUCGACUUCUCAAUAUGACUAUGACAUCUCCAUAUAAAAAAUUAAUUGGUCUUAGUCAAAUUCUACAAAAUUUAUCUGAUGAUACAAUUGAUAAUGAAAUUCAAAUGGAUACUCAAGUGACUGAAACUAUGGCAGCUACGGAACAUAAUGAAGAAGAAUUACAACGGCUAGCUAUUCGUGAAGUAUUUAAACUAUUGGAUGCAGUCGAUGGUGUUGCAAAAUUAAAAACAACAUUUUCUCCUUCUAAUGUGUCAACAAGUAUAUUAGGUGCACAUGAUUUAAAUCGUCGAUAUGCUACUUGUUAUGAUGGUCCAUUCAUUUCAAUAAUUCUAAGCGAUCAAAUGGAUUCAUAUAUGUAUGAUUGUUUUAAACGAGAUUUUAUGGAUUUAAUUGAACGGUUAAGAAUUAAUCCAGCCAUAAUAGAUUUUAAUCUUAGACGUUUGCGACGUAUUGUAGAAAGAUUACAAAUUUUACAAAUGGUGUUUUCUCGACGAUUUACUCAAUUGAACAACAAUAAUGUUCCAUUAUCUGCACAACAAGAUAUAAAUUUCCCAAAUAAUCUACUCAAACUUGAUGAAAUUGAAUUAAGAAUAGGUCUAGAAUUUUUCUUACAAAUCGAUGUUAAUCUAUUCUAUAUGAAAACCUGUACAUUUCGUGAUGCAUGGCCUCGAUCUUUAGAUGAAGGUCUAUUUUGUAAAUCACAAUUACCUAUUGUACGAUAUACUUUUCAACCUUGUCAAAAUAUUUCUUGCACAUUAUGUGAAUCAUCAUCAACAAUUAUACAAUUUAAUUCAUAUCGAACACAUCGCUUUCUUAACGGUUAUUAUGCAAUUCUUAAUUGUCCAGUUACAUGUGAAACGAAAAAUCUAAUCUAUACUUUAACUUGUCCAUGUAGUGAAUAUGCUUUUAUUGGAUCAACAUCUUCCAAUAUAUCGGAAGUGAUUGAAUCUAUUCGAGAAAAUAGUAAUCAAUUGAUGCAUGAAACAUUAAUAUCUAGAAACUCGGCUUUUAAUUUACAUCGUGAUAUGAACAAUUUUUUACAUAAUCAAAAAGAAUUCAUUCGUUUAUAUCAACAUUCAAUACGUUGUCCUAAAGCCAUUCAAUUGUUUUUACAUGUGAAUUCUGAUUAUGAUUGUUUUAUUCCAAUGACUUAUGAUCAAGCAAGAGUUGAUGAUAGAAAUAAAAUUAUAGAACUAUCGCCUGUAAGUAAUUUUAAUGAUAUAUUUAUUCAACAUGUACCAAUACCACCUAAUGGUUAUAUUUUUUCAAAUUGUCAGCAAGAAAAACAAAGAAAAUUCUUGGAAAGAUCACAUUUAAUAAAAAGUCGUAAUGAAAAACUGUUUACAUCCGUUGAUUUUUAUAAUGUUUCAGUUAUAGCCGUUCUACCAGAAAAUUGUUCAACAUUAUUACGUCAAGUACUUGAAUGUCUCUUUGCAACACAUCCCGAAACAAAAUUAAAUAUGUUUAAUUUACGUACAAAAGAUACAUACGAAUUAUAUGGAUUACCUUAUCAUAGAGUAUGGUGUGAAAAUAUAAUACUUUCAUCGUCAACCAGUUCGUAG